AUGGCACUAAAAGGGAUAUUGGUGAGUGCUGCGCGAGGAUUGAAAUUCUUUCCGACUACUACACAUUAUGAUCUCGUCUUGUUUGAUAACAAUCCCGAUGGUAAGACACUCAAAGAAAAGCAUGUUGUACAGAACAGCAAAUUGUGCACUGGUGCAUUUUCUCUGUCGCUUAAGCCUUCUCUAGCAAAUAUCCACGGUUUAAGACCAGCAUUCGAGUUUUUCGCAAAUACAAAUAAAUGGUUGUUUUCUCAUGCCGAUUCCAGCAAUAUAUUUCAAAAUGUGGUUAUUUUCACAAGUGGAGUCCCUUCCAGAGCCUUUAAUGUUUAUGAGGAAAAGACUACUACGAGUAGUGAGCAAAAUAAAGAGCCAGUUAUAUCUGAACGCUCUGUGCAGGCUGAUGAAACUUCUAGCAAACAUUCUGAUUUGAAGAUUUUAGUAGACGAAUUAAAAGCUGAUAUGCACAAUAUGUUGGCUGUAAUGCUUUUCGAAAAUGGAUAUUUUGAGGAUGCAGUUUGUCAUUUACAUUCAGCUGUAAAAUUAGGCUCUAUCAGGGCAUUGUUUAAUCUUGGUUGUUAUUACUGCUUUUGGAAAGACCCUGAGGUUGAUUUCGAUAAAGGGGCUGGUUUUUUCAGUUUAGCAUCCAAUCGCGGUCAUGUGCAAUCUAUGUACAAUUUGGGUGCUUUGAAUCUUAGAAAACUUUUGCGGCAUUCUGAUACUAACUCUGGUGUUGAACUCAUUGAGGAAGCUGCAAAGCUUGGCUGUUCGGAAGCACAAUUUCAUAUGGGCAAAUUCAUGUUACAACUCAAACAUUAUUCCAGAGCCGAGUUUUACUUCAGUAAAUUAGUACAUAUAGAUGAAUACAAGUCAGAUUUGAUUUCUUGGCUUUCUGUAAAAGAUAUUCCAGUGGAAGUUCAUCAGUUGUUGAAAAAGUUACUUCGUAAUAGUGCAAUUUAA